CUCUCUCUCUCUCUCUCUCAGUGUCGUCAGCUCGUUUCUUGUGUUUGGAGCAGUGGAUGAGAUCUCAGUCAUAUCUCAGUGAUAGCAGGACUCGAGGAUGUCUCGUACUGUGACUCUCAGCGGUUCCUCGCCGUGGGGUUUUCGGCUCGUGGGUGGACGGGACUUUAACACGCCGCUCACUAUUUCACGAAUAACACCUGGGAGUAAAGCGGCGUUGAGCGAUCUGAGCCCUGGAGAUACUAUCCUUGCCAUCAAUGGAGACAACACUGAGACCAUGACACACAUGGAGGCACAGAACCGCAUUAAGGCCUGCACAGACCAGCUCAGACUGGAUAUCAGCAGGUCUGGAAAACUUUGGUCUCCAACCGGUAUCGAAGAAAACAAGACGAGUUCACUGACUGGAGCUCUUGAGUCACAGACCUUUCGACCAAUCAGCAGUGGUUAUAGCCCCGUUCCAAAGAGUCCAUCCCCCAAGAGUCCCAUUACCUGUGGCGUGCCCUACAACAACGGAAACUCAAGACCCACGUACAACAAUCCGGCCGGCCUGUAUUCACACAGCAGCGGCAACGGUGCCCUGCCCAAACAGAUGGCCGGUCUCAGUCUGGCCUCUCCGCACAGUUUCAGCCCCGAGCCGCCCGUGAACUCAUCAGGCCACCGCAACGGAUUUGAUCCCCAGUCAGACGUCUAUAAGAUGCUUCAGGAACACGAGGAACCCAUUUCAGCACCCAAACAAUCAGGUUCCUUCAAAUACCUGCAGGGAAUCCUGGAGGCUGAGGACGGAGGGAUUUCACCGGUGGACAGACACGGAGGAAGAGGUUUGUGUUCACCCGUCAAAUCUCCAGUGCCGAAGAUGAGCAGCCCCAUCACAUCUCCUCUGACGUCUCUGCCCGGUCUACAGAAGCUGCCUCAGUGUACCCGCUGUACACAUGGCAUUGUGGGAACCAUCGUGAAGGCCAGAGAUAAACUUUACCAUCCCGACUGUUUCAUGUGUGAUGACUGUGGGCUCAAUCUGAAACAAAGAGGAUAUUUCUUCAUUGAUGACAAUCUGUAUUGUGAGAACCACGCUAAAGCACGCGUGCAGCCACCCGAAGGUUAUGAUGUGGUGGCCGUGUAUCCCAACUCUAAGGUGGAACUGGUCUGAACACACACUAACUCUAACACACACAUGUUGGCAUAUGUGGUUUACAGGGACAAUUCAAUAUACGCAAUGCAUUUUAUACUGUACAAACUGUAUAUUUAAUUCCCCUAACCUAUCCCAAUCCAUAACCUCAACCAUCACGAAAACCUGUUGGCAGUCUUUAAUCUAUGAAAAACUACCAUUAGGUAUGUUUAUUAAGACGUUCAGUUUACUUACUGUGUCCACGUAAACCAUGCUUAUAGCACAAUAAACAUGUCAUUAUACACUAAUCCCCGUAAACCACAUAUACCAACACACACACUAACGCUUUCCAUUGAGGAUUCGACAUCACCAACCAAAUCCUGCCCUCCACCUGAAGAUGAGAAGUCAAAUUUCUUCUGCUCAACUUCUCCCUGCUGUGUUUUCAUUGAUAGAUCUGAAACAAUUCUAGUGUUGCUUUAUAAAGAAACUAAGAAAAAAACAAUGACCCAGAUACUUUGAUAAACAUCUGUCCACCUAAAUACCAGUAACACUCAAGAGACUGAUGCUCUGAAAGUUCUGCCGGACUGAAAAUUCUCUCUUGAUGUUUGACAAAAGACAAAAAUUGCAUUAUUUUGCCGAUGCCAAUCCCCAAAUCAAGCUCAUGGCUCUCAACAGUGACCGAUGGACAGAGGACAACAAUUUAUCAUUUGCAUGUUUUCAGUAUUGCCAGUGUUAAUAUUAAAGCCAUCAAAAGACAAAUCAGUGCGCUAAUAGCUCGUCAUUUAAGAGGAUUUGUAAGAAAGCCGCAUCUUAGACAGCGUGUAUAUAAUCCUGUGAGUUCUCAUUCGUGUCUUUUUGCGCUUGAACAGAUAAGACCAAAUAAACCUGCUGCUGUUCUUUCUAAUGUUAAUAAAACAACAACAAAUGUUCUCACUGUUCUUGACUCAUUCACUUUUAAAGCUUUAAUAAAAUAUCAUUUUUAUGUAAUUCA